AUGCUGGGCCGCCCCUUCGGCGACGAGCCGUUAAAGAAAAUCCCCAUUCGGAGGCCCCGCAAAGCCUGUACAACCUGCCGCGGCCUCAAGACGCGCUGUCUCCCGGACAGCGAGCAUUCCGACCCCCAGGCGCGGUGCAGCCGUUGCGCCCGUCUUGGCCUCACUUGUGUAUACUCUCGUGCUCGUCGUAGACCCCAGAGCGCAUCCCCUUCCAGCCCCAAGACUGCGUUCCGAAGCCACCCCACCGGCCACCUUAACGGCGGCGUCCACAUCAACAACAACCCUGCCUCUAUGCGCUGGGACAUGCGCAACAACGCCCAAGCCGGUCCAUCCAGUAGCAUUCGUCUCGUCCAACCCAUGAACGGCAUCAUAAAUCAGUGGACCGCCGUGCAAGCCGACAGUCACCAUGGUACUGCCUUCCGUUCGUCUCCCACUGGGCCCUAUGCGCCAAGCACCACUGGCAGCCUGGACACAAUUACCUCGCCCACUCUCAACAGUAACAUGAUGGCUUCCUCACAGCCGGGGAAAAGGGCCGGCGGUGCCGUCUUCACCGACUUUCUUGAGCCCCAUCUCGAUGCUGACGUCUCGCGCUCGCCAAGUCCACACCUGGCCCCCACCCGCAACUCAAUCUACACUGACCCUGUGGACUCUGGACAACUGUCAGAGCCCGAGGCCCGUUAUCUCUUUGACCAAUUUUUCAUGCGGGUGAACGCGAGCUCUGGACUGUUUGACACGGUGUAUCACACGUACGACCGUGUCCGCACCUCUCCCAUUCUCUUCACUGCCAUUCUCGCCGCCUCGAGCCGCUUUUUCCGCCUCGACCUUGUGGAGAGUAUGCACACGCUGGCUGACACCCUUAUCAUGGGUGCUGUUUUGGCCGGUGAGCACGACCUGCAGCUGGCCCAGGCGAUUCUCGUCCUCGUCUACUGGAAGCGCAAUCCAGAUGACCGAACCGCCUACGUCAAAAUCGGCCUCGCCUGUCGUAUCCUCGUUCAACUUCGCAUCUCGCUGCCGACCGGACACCUUCAACCUGCCAUGUCCGAGGAGCAGGAACGCUGUCAGGUCGAUGCGGAGCGCACCAUGUUCAACGCGUUUUCCAUGGAUAUGUGGUACUCGCUCAUCCUUCAAUUACCUCCUAACACCUCCUGCUCGCUUCCGAACAUGAACGCCAUUUUAGCGUGGGCCGACAACCACCGUCACCUCGAUGUGCCAGGUGAUUAUUUCAAGGCCUUUGUCUCUGGUCUCUGGGACAUUCAGAAGGAUGUGACCGACCAGCCUUUUGUGUUCGACGCUCGCAUAAACGACUUUAACUCUUGGCCGCACGAACAACAGGAAAAGCGCCUCGCCGAUCACAUGAACGCUUGGAUGAACAACCCCAGCCUUCGCGGCUCCUUCCGCCACCAAGCUCAGCUCAUCAGCCAGGUCGUUGCUCUCAAGGUCCGCGUCACCUUGGUGCUCCAAGGUGCCGACAGAACAAUCCCCGUUUCCACACUGGUGUCCCAGGCUGAAGACAUUGGCGCACUGAUCACGGGUCUCGCAGCCGCUGGCGAGUUCUUGUAUUGGUACGACCUGAUUUACUGGAUGAUCCCAAUGCCUGGUAUUAUGCUCCACAAAGUAGGUGUUUCUUUGAUGGCAUCGCUGACCUGUCAGGUUCGCGGCCACCUCAGCGUCGAGGACCAUGCCCGUGUCCUUGCCUUCUGCUCCGACCAGCGUGACAACUUUGAGCGCCUUGGCAACGCCCAGCCUGACACCACAUUCAUGUACAUUGGACGCUUCUACGGCCGCCUCUGCAAGGCGUUCAGUCGACUCCAGAAGGGUGGCGAUGACCCUCAAGUUGUGGCAGCCAUCAACCACCUCAUGAACGGUGUCCCGCACUGGUCCCCUCUCGUCAACGUCAUGGGCGACCAGGGCGACCUUUCUAAUACCGAAUGGGCCUGGUUAUCAAUGAACCAUCCCCAACCGAAUACCUGGGACCAGCAGUAG